UCUCCUCCUCUCUCGGUCCUUCCUUCCCAGGGUUCAAUGAGCGCUGUGUGGCCCCACCCCGUCUCUCUUCAGCGCUGUCUAUCUCCUCAAUGUAAGCUACUAUUCUCGGAGAGAGAGAAAGGGAGAAAAUAAUAACCUCCAAGAAUUGGUUAUUCCUGUCUUUCACCUUCCACGACCAGCGGCCAGGAGGGGAGCGGCCUUCGCGGUGGGAAUGUGCUGCUACAACAACCCCGCGUCCUAUUUUUUUGUGAAUGUAAAUGCACAUGCAGUCUCAAGCCUGUAGCCUAUUUACCCACCUCGGAUUCAAGAGGAAUAUAUAUGUUUGUAUGAGAGUGUGUAUGUGUGUACAUAUAGGUCUUAUGUAGGCUAUACAAACUGAGCCUGACAGCGGGGGUUGCUUUUUCACCUGCAAGAAACGUGGAUACAAAAUCGAGGGAUUUUCACAUCUUGGUCACGUUUUCUUUUUUCUUUUUUUUUUUCUUAAAUGAUUUUUUUCCUUGGAGGGGUUCAUCGGAGCCGAGCUGGGAAUUAAAAAAAUAAAGUAUCGGUGCGCAGUUUUGGAGGCUCGGUGGUGAUGUGAGGGGCUGAUAACACAUUUCAGCAACAAAAGCGAGGGGCAGGGAGAGAGAGAAGGCCCUUUGCAGGAGAAAACACAGCAAGGAACAGCCAUCACAAAUAAGGAGGACAAAUCGGGGAAUCCAGCCGAAAAGACAACCGCAGUGAGUUUGGAGCUGUUUCGGGUUGAUUUGAUGCAGCGAAUGAAAAUGAGCCGGAUGACGACGGAAGCAAUGAGAAUAUCACACAUGUAGCUCGUUUAAGUGUAAAUAUUGUUUUCCUUCCUCCUGUCCUGCUGGGCCCCCCGACCAAGACAGCCGUCGGGGAGACAGAGAAAUAGAUACAGUAUAAGUGUACACCUAUGGAAAUGUUUAUCAUGAAAGGAGACGUGGAAACGAGCCGCGCCACAGCACGAGCGAGGUUUUCGGACACGCCGAGUUCGGCUCCUUGUCACGGGCAGCAGUGAGACGCAAGACCCGGGCUUUUGGAGAUGCAAAUUAGGCUCAUUAUUCUGCCUCUGUUCGAGGUGAAACCCCGAUUUUUGGUGUCUUAACAGACGUUGUGGAAUAUAAUUGUUAACGUUACACAGUCGACGGGGGGAGAGAGUGGGGAGAACAAAACAAAAACUGUACUGCAUGUGAAGGAGGAAAAGCCCGAGCAGGAUUCAGCAAACUGAGAAGGCGGCCUCGGUGUCGUCAGCAACAGUAUCCUGCCCUUUCUCUGACAGCAACAUACGCGUUAUGGACACAUAAUUUCUACAGGGCUGCACCACGGACAGUUUUUGGAGCAGGCCAGGGACGUUAAACGGUGUAAAUGUGGUUGACAUUGCUGCCAAAUCCGCAUGUCAAACGAGGGAUCUAGACUAGUUUAGUUUAUUUAUUUUUCUUUCUACAUACCCUCUCCACCUCCACUUCUUCUUCCACCUCCUCCCCUGGACCCCCUUUUUUCUUUUUUCUUGCGGGAAGAUGGGUUGUUUGGGCAACAGUAAGACCGAAGACCAGAGAAAUGAGGAGAAGGCACAAAGAGAAGCCAACAAAAAGAUAGAGAAGCAGCUCCAAAAAGACAAGCAGAUAUACAGAGCAACACACAGACUACUACUUUUAGGAGCUGGAGAGUCAGGAAAGAGCACCAUAGUGAAACAGAUGAGGAUCCUACAUGUCAACGGAUUCAAUGCAGAAGAGAAAAAGCAGAAAAUUCACGACAUCAAGAAUAAUAUUAAAGAAGCCAUUGAGACCAUAGUAACAGCUAUGAGCACCCUGGCACCGCCGGUGCGGUUGGCGUGCCCACAGAACCAGUACCGGAUCGAAUACAUCCUCAACCUCGUCAGCCAGAAGGACUUUGAGUUUCCAUCUGAGUUUUACGACCAUGCUAAGACACUGUGGCAGGAUGAGGGGGUCAGGGCGUGCUUCGAGAGGUCCAACGAGUACCAGCUAAUCGACUGUGCACAAUACUUUCUAGACAAGAUUGAGAUUGUGAAACAGAAUGACUACACUCCUACAGAUCAGGAUUUGCUGCGGUGCAGAGUUCUGACUUCAGGCAUCUUUGAGACGAGAUUCCAAGUGGACAAAGUUAAUUUCCAUAUGUUUGAUGUUGGCGGUCAAAGAGACGAACGCCGGAAAUGGAUUCAGUGCUUUAACGAUGUAACAGCCAUCAUCUUCGUGGUGGCCAGUAGCAGUUACAACAUGGUGAUCAGAGAGGACAAUCAGACCAACCGUUUACAGGAGGCCCUCAACCUCUUCAAGAACAUCUGGAACAACAGGUGGCUACGGACCAUUUCUGUCAUCUUGUUCCUAAAUAAACAGGACCUGCUAGCAGAGAAGGUGCUGGCAGGGAAGUCCAAAAUCGAGGAAUACUUUCCUGAAUUUGCUCGCUACACCACACCUGAUGAUGCGACACCAGAGCCUGGAGAAGAUCCGCGUGUUACAAGGGCAAAGUACUUCAUAAGAGAUGAAUUCCUGAGGAUCAGCACAGCAAGCGGGGACGGGAGGCACUACUGUUACCCCCACUUCACCUGCGCCGUCGACACGGAAAACAUCCGCCGUGUCUUCAACGACUGUCGAGACAUCAUCCAGCGGAUGCACCUGCGGCAGUACGAGCUGUUGUGAUGGGAGAAAAAACACAUCGGACUAUGAAAAACCCUGAACCCUGAGUCUCUGAACUCCCCUCUUACACAGGAGGGUGCGAGCUCUUGUGAAGGAACAGGGGCCAAAACACACACGCACACGCACACAACCACAACCACACACACACACACACACACACUUACAGUAAACACACCCUGAACCUAGAACUUCCCCUGAUGCAAACUCCAUACCUGCAGUAGACAGAGCUAUUUUGAUGGAAGAGUUUUAGGGGCUAACGCCUAAACAGACUCUGAGCCCAGCAUAGUCCCAGCUCUCAACAUCAUAUAUCGACCCCUCAUACACGUUACCCUCACCUUUCUAGAAGCCCAGAGCGGCCCAGUCUGGACUGUACUUCCUGCAGUGAGGGGAUUGUGAGAUUCCCUCUUGUUGAGGUCGGGAUGAAAACUGAGCGAGCUGCUACUUCAGUGCAACUGGGAAAGAGAUGACUCUUGAAUUACUGCAAAUGGAGAAUAGACAUGUCACAACAGAUCAGCUGAACACUGUAUCUAACAAAAAAAGCACUGUGCUCAGGACUCAAAUCCUUCCUAUCACUUACACACAUCCAUAAAUCCGACCACCGGAUCUGCUCUCACACAGAAACGCAUCACACAUGCUUUUUACUGGACUGCACAACAGGCUGGUUGAGCUGUCGGCUGAUUUAUCCUGGCACCGUGCUUUGAGAUUAAGUGACUGCGCAGACUAAGUGGACCAGGGGUGUUUUGUGAUCAGUCGAGGCAGCAGGGGGGCAGGGGUUCACAAAAACAGGAUAGACUACGAUGUGAAUUUCUCUGAUGGAGUCUAGACACGUUUGACAAGAGAAGACAGUCCUUCGACUUCUCCACAGAACUGUUUUGCCACCUGACUUUGCCUUGUUGGUAGUGGAGCAAAGCGUGCGGAGGACACAUUGAGUUUAAAACAAAAAGAAACAAAAAAAUAACUUUUAUGGAGCUUAACUAACGGAGGGCAAAAUAAAAGCAUCCUUCUACAGUACAGUACCAUAUAAGUUGAAGAGAACUCUCAUCUUGUCAUGAUUGACCCUGUUUUACUGUCUCCACAGCUGUUUUUGUCUGUGUAGACUUUUGUGCCAUUGUGCCAUGUGCGCUCUCUUUCUUUAUCUUUACUCUCUCUGUCUCUGUCGUUCUCUCCCUUUUUUCACGCCUGUUCUUUCUCCUCUGAUGAUUUUACUCCCCCUCCCCCCUUCAAUUUCUCCCUCACUCCUCGUCCUCACCAUCACCUUCAUCUGCACUUCUACCUUCCUGGCAGUGCUCUUUUGUUUUAAGAGAAAAUAAAAUAUAAUAAUCCUGGAAUAUUAAAAAAGAACAACAACAAA